CUGAUAUCUUUGAUGAGGUGGAUCAGGACUGGAGCUGAACUGAGGGAUCUCGAUGUCCAGCAGGUGAAGGACUCAGCCCUUGGGUCGCCCUUGUCUGUGGGCCAGUGCUCGGUUCCUCAGCAUCAUCUGUCUGAGCGCUCUGAGCAGCGACCCUCCUCACUGAGUGAAGGUGGUAGAAACGCUGGAAAGCUCAGGCUGGUCAGAAGCACAGAAGACCUCGCGGACACCGUGGAUUCGUUUUUAAGGCAUUUAUCGGCCUGUGUUAGUGCUGCUAGACCAGAAGGGUGUGUGAGCUGCUCACUCUGCUGAGUUGAUCCGCCAUGACGCUGCAGUCUGCAGUAGCCACUGGCAUCUUUAUAGUGUUUUCAUCAUGUAUGAUUGGACUGACUGCUGCAUCAUCAAGCUACCAGAAACCCAGCUUCCUGGAUAUUAACUCCUGGUGGUGGAACACUCCUAGAGGCCCUCAGAUAUUCUCCUGCCUCACCUACAUGGAGAAGAAUGUGCGGGUGGACUGCGAAUUCCCCAUGACCGACAAGAUCCCUGGGCCGUUCUGCGAGUUCAAACAGGAUGGGCGCCUCAUGGGCACUACCUAUCCCAACAAUCCCAUCCACCUCAUCCCACCCAUAGAGACCCGACGGAGGGCUAAUGUCACGCUUGUGUCUCCAAACAUCUGCCGCCUUACCUGGAUGCCUAUGUCGGAGGACCGGGCGUACACCUACACCUGCAGAGUGUAUCAAGGGAGCACCUGGAAGGAGAACAGUAUGGCCUUCAACCAGAGAAAUUUGCUGGUGUGCUCUGCUUUGAGCGUAGUAGCUCACACAGCACUGCUGAUCUCCAUGGUUGUGGUGUCUCUUCCCGUCUCUAUGGGGUUUCUGUCAGCAUGAUCCACUGUAGCGGUCCAGGUUUGGCGGGCUGUCCCUCCAGCAUCGCCAUUUGUGACAUUUGUUCACAUGAUCCCUUUUGCAAACUCAUCACAUGAUGUUCACAUUCAAAAUAAUUGGCUGUUUCGAAGGUACAGUUUUAAAAUGUUUCCAGUGUGACUCAAAACUGUUAUGUCAGUCACUGAUAUGCUUUAAAGGUUGUUUCGAUCUCUAGGUCUCUUUACAAACCCACGUACCACCAGUCGUAUAAAUAGCUGCUACCUUCCCCUCAGAUGUAGAACAUUUUAACCUAAUCUCUGUCUGCCACAUCUGCAGCAUAUGGGCAUUUAGACUAGACAACACAUUUGACACAUUUUACCAGUACUUCGAAAACAGCAACAGGAAACACACUUUAAAACAGUCCCAGCCAUCUGGCCAGGGUGGAAGUAUCCCUGUAAAUAACAUUUUAUGUUACUAGCUAUGAGAAUAAUUCUUUAUCAGUGAUGCUUUUUUAUUACCUUGUAGUCUUAACAUUUAAGUAAUUUAUUAGUUGCUACAAUAACAACAGCAACAGCAGUAACAAGCAACUGGCCAUUGGUCUUUACUGUAUAUUUUGAUCCACAAAGUACUCUUUGUAAGUACAAGGAAAUCACUCUCCAUGGUAAACAACUAUUCUAGUAUUAGCACUAAAUCUUGUCUUUGUUUUUCACUUCUGAAAACACCAAUAUCCAGUACCUUUGUCCAAAGAAUUAUAAGCAAAUAUUCUAAUUUAAUACUGCUUUUGUGUCAGGUGAGACUUUUCGUUUCAAAUUCUAAAGAAAAUGUCCAACCAAUUCAGCAGUUCAGUCAUCUCCAUGCAGUCAUGCUUUUGUUACCUUUUGAUACAUUACUCUUUGUAGAAAUAUGAAAUCAGUUUAGGGGUGGCCUGUUAAUCUCAGUAGUAGGUUGUGCUGAUCCUUGCCGUUCAUUCACAGAAAAAAUAUAGUGCUUUUAUAAUACUACUCGACAUUAGCAUUAAGAUGCUAAUGGCUUUUCAGCUAAUUAGUUGCUAGUAUAGUAAUUUUGACUUCAUACAUAUACUAUAUGGCCAAAAGUAUUGGGACACCGACACAUUACACCCACAGGUGCUUUUAUGACAUCCCAUUCUAAAUACAUAGGCAGUAAAAUUGAGUUGACACCCCCCCCCCCCCACCCCCCCCUUUGCAGCUAUAACAGCUUCUCUUCUGGGAAGCUUUCUACAAGAUUUUGUAGUGUGUAUAUUGGAAUGUUUGCCUAUUUAUCCAGAAAAACAUUUGUUGGACGAGAUGGCAUGGCAUGCAGUCUCUGUUCUAGUUCAUCCCACAGGUGUCUGAUGGUGUUGAAGAUUUUUCACACCAAGCUCAUCCAGUCAUGCCUUGAUGGACCUUGCUUUGUGCACUGGGGCUCAGUCACGCUGGAAUGGGAAAGGGCCUUCACCAAACUGUUCCCACAAAGUUGGAAGCAUACAGUUGUCCAAAAUGUCUUGGUCUGCUGAAGCAUUAAGAUUUCUCUUCAGUGGAACUAAGGGGUCUAGGCCAACCCCUGAAAAAAGGCCCCUAAGCAUUGUCCCUCCUCUACCAAACUUUACAGUCAGCACAGUGCAGUCAGACAGGUCAUGUUCUCCUGCCGUUCGCCAAACCCAGACUCGUCCAUCAGACUGCCAGAUAGUAAAGCGUGCCUCAUCGUUCCACAGAAUGUGUUUUCACUGCUUCAGAGUCCAGUGGUGGCACUUUACACCACUCCCCCAUUUUGCAUUGUGCAUUUUGAUUUCAGGCUUGUCUGUAGCUGCUCAGCCAUGGAAACUCAUUUUGUGAUUCAAUGUGUUUCAACAGAGUAUAGGCAAUGUGCAUGUCAGCACUAGCCGGCCCCACUCUGUGAGUUUGCAUUGUUUACCGCUGUGUGGCUAAGCUGUUCUUCCUUAUAUGGCUUCCAUUUCACAGUAACAUCACUUAAGAUUUACAGAGGCAGAGCUAGCAGGACAGAACUUUAGUGCCAUAUUUAAAGCCACAGUCCACCCUUUACCCUUUCCACUGCCAGUGUUUGUGUAUCAAGACAGCAAGGUGCUUAACUGAUUUACCUGUUAGCAGUGGGUGUGGCUCAAACACCUGAACUCAGUACUUUUGGCUAUAUAGUAUAUGUGAAGGACAUCUUCACAGCACUGCUAUGGUAUAUAGUAAAUAACAGUAUUGCAACACUAAUGGAAAGGCAGGCCACAUAUCAAAGUGUUGGACUUGGACUAAUAUAUCAAAUUCAAACUAAAUGGUCAAGGACAGUUGAGCAGCAGAAUCAUACCAUAGAGAGUGUUACUAGAAUAAGACCUGCGAGUCAAACAUAUCAAGAAAAGUAGCCAAUUAUAAAAAUAAGCUGCACAAGGCAAUAAGAAUUUGCAUGUUUUUAAUGCACUUGUAUGUGCUUUUAUCUUGCACAGUACUUCCCUGUUCAUUGUGCUGCUUUUUCAAAUGUAUUUUUGCACAUGCUUUUGCACUAAGACAUCAAAGCCAUUUUAACCACAGAAAUAAGGAACUGUUAGCUGAGAAGUCUGGAGGAGAUAUGCUUAUCAUUGCUGUCAGAACAAAACCUCAUGUCCUCAUUUUGUACUUUUUUAUGGAAUUUGAAAACGCCAGCUGCCCUUUACGUUGUGCUAAACUUUCAAGAUGAAUGGACCAAUAGAAAUUGGUUAAAUGUGGUUGCAUUACCUUCCAUUCAAAGUUAUGUUUUUUCCUUCUGUUAAGUUACCAGUUUGGAGUUCUGAAGUUUUGUUCCGACAGCAGCGUUAUGUAAAAGAGUGCCGCAAGGAGCAUACAACAUCUCCACACAUUGGUAAAUGUAGUGUGUGAUGUGGUGUGUUAAGUCGUAACACCUACUUAACAGCAGCCUGUUCACUCACAGGUUUACUGUACUUCCUUUUUUUCCACCCGAAACAUCUGCAGGCUCCUACACAAUCCAGAGCUGCUUAUGAUGCAGUGCUUCCCAUACAAAGCAGUUUGGGUUGGGGUGUAUUGUAUCAAUCAUCAUUUCAUUGUAUAUUUUGCACUAUAUUGAAUGUAGGCCUAUAUCCAUAACAAUAUAGCCUGCUUGUGCACUUGCUGUGUGUUGCAUUCCAAUGCCUUCACUCAAGGAUCUAUGUAUUGAAACACAGAAAGAAAUAAAAGAAUGCAGACUGUA